AAAGCAUAUAUCUUAUUGUCUCUUUGAUCGCUAACAUGCUGAGGCUCCGAUCACAGAAGUCGAGGAACGAACGAGCAACAAGAUGCGCGUCGCCGUCAUUGGUCCAGCCGGUUUCGGUGGCUCUGUUGUCUGUAUCGAACUGCUCAACCGCGGUCACGAAGUCAUCGGCAUAUCACGCAAACCGGAAACCUUCGGGUCACAUGAACACUACAAGCCAUUGCAGCUAGAUAUCAGUGGCGCAACCAUUCCCCAACUGAUCGAGACUUUUAAAGAUGUCGACGUCGUCGUCAACGCAUUCAACCCACCCUACAGCCCUACCGUUUACAAGCUCUUCGUCGAGACAACGCGCAGGCUUGUAAUCGCAGCUAAAGCAGCGCAACUCACCUACUUCAUCUCCAUCGGCGGCACUGGCUCCCUGUUCCUCGGGCCGGAAUACCCGUACCAAACUGCAGCGGACAGCAGGGAAUUCUGGCUGGCGUACCGACAGGCCACGGCCGAUAGCGAAGCAGCUACCUACCAUAUGGAGGAGCGGAUUGGUUUCGGCUCGCCCGUGGCGAAGAUGAUGCGGGAGUACCGUGAUGCGCGUUCAGCGGUCAAAGCGGGUCGAGCGAGCGAGGACCAGAAGAGGGUCAUCAAGGAGGUUGAGAAGGGUGUGCUUGAGGGACCGGACCCGGUACCCGACCUUCCUCUUGCGGCGCGAGCGGGCUUUAUGUUCCUCGAGGCUGAUACGAGCUGGAGGUGGAGUUUUGUGAGUCCGCCGGGAAAGUAUAUGCCUGGGCCACGGACGGGUAAGUAUCAAGUAGUCAUCGAUCAAGUGCCGUUUGCGCCUGUGGAGGGCAAGGCGGGUGGGGAAGGCGGGAAUGCGUUCGAAGGUCGCUUGUUGGGCAUCUCUGCCGCGGACUUGGCCGUGGCGAUGGUUGACGAGAUCGAGAAGCCGGAGAAGGUGCACAAACACUGGAGUGCCGUGGCCGAACUACCUGCUGAGCAGGAGCGGGUGCCAUCAUAUGCUCGCUUGAAUAAAUGA